AUGGGGCGGAAACGAUCCCUCUUGCUACAUUGCACAUCAAAAGGUGAACACAAAGUGUUUGCGGUACUAAAAACGUAAUGGAGGAAAACUAAAGCCAUUUUCCUCUCCCCGUUGUCUCUGCCAAUGAAAUGGUUGCUCAUUACAGCAGCCCACAAAGAUUAAAGCAUUUUAAGCCAUUUUAAAUUUAGAUCAACUUUUGGUGAGCGCAGCCAAGACUCAUAGCAGGGUGUCCCUUGCUGCUCUGCAUAGCAUCUGGCCUGAGUGCUUCUUCCAACCAACCGGCAGCCGUUUAGAGAGGGGCUUUGUGUGUGGUGGCAUUGUUUUCGUGAGACAUUGGCUCUAUGUCCAAAAGUAUGUUUCCACAGUCACUUCUGGUUUCAGCUGGGUACAGAUUUGCCAGGUGUCAGGUGUAAGUCUACUGGAGGAGAACAAGAACAGGAGUGAUAGCCGCUGCUUGGAGACACCUUUGGAAAAAGCCGAGUAGCAGAACUUGUACUUACUAGCCCCUCUGCCUGAGCUCUUUUGGAAACCACCAGGAUGUCCCUAUUUUCAUUGGAGAACUGCUGGAGGGUAAAGACCCCCAAACCAUCUGAAGGCCAUAGGGAAGGUUUCUGUUUAGCGUUUUAUUAUGUUUUUAUAUAUGUUGGAAGCCACCCAGAGUGACUGGGGCAACCCAUUCAGAUGGGUAGGGUAUAAAUAGUAUAUUAUUAUUAUUAUUAUUACUACUACUACUACUACUACUACUACUAUUACUACUACUAUUAAAUAGGGUAUCCAUAUUUUCGUUGGAGAAAUGUUGGAGGUUAUGUAAUGACUCAGGAAGUCACAACCAUUCACCAUUGAAUGGUACAUGACAAGAAGACUGGCUACUUGUGUUUCGAAUAAAGUGCACGGUGUUGCUUCCUAAGAACAUUUUUGUUGUGGAGGCGUUUACAUGCGUCUCAGCCAAGUCUGUCAUACUGAUAUAUCUCAGAGGACACUUUCAUAUCUGCGUUCCCUGUAUGGGUCUGGGACGCGCAUUCCCAUAUUUCACUUCGCUGUAUGUCACUUUGUUAAGUGAGGAGGCGGACAACCUAUUGGUUUUCUUUCAUUUUCUGAUGCCCGGUGGCACAUGCACACAACAUAUGUAUUAUUGUAUCCUUUUGGCAGUCUCAUCACAAGCAUCUGCUGUGCAAGGCCAGAGACGGCGCAUACCUGGGCCUCAAUGUGAUAACAGCAUCAGAUCGCUCUUGCCUUCACCUUCUGGAAAAGUUCAGCUCUCUACAACAGCUUGAGGUCCAGACAUGAGGCCGAGCAGGAGAAGGUAAAGGGCACAGCAAAUCUAGUCAGUGUAGCAAAAGUAAAAUGAAAAAUUGUGUUGGCCUGACCUCCUCCAAACCUCCGUCCAUUUUCCUGGAAAGCUUCCAAGACUGCAAAACAGUUACAGGACAUAUGAGCCCAGUGAAGUAUGUGACAUGAGUUGUAAAAGCGAUAUUAAGCUCUUUUUGAUGGGUAAUUUAGCAGAGGAAAGGGAGAAACAAUGGAAAAGGAGAUAGAACACAUUUCUAGGACUGCAAUUCACAAUACAGUGGUACCUUGGGUUAAGUACUUAAUUCGCUCAGGAGGUCCGUUCUUAACCUGAAACUGUUCUUAACCUGAAGCACCACUUUAGCUAAUGGGGCUUCCCGCUGCUGCUGCGCCGCCGAAGCACGAUUUCUGUUCUCAUCCUGAAGCAAAGUUCUUAACCUGAGGUAAUAUUUCUGGGUUAGCAGAGCCUAUAACCUGAAGCGUAUGUAACCUGAAGAGUAUGUAACCCAAGGUACCACUGUACAGCAAAGAAAGGGCAGAAACAAAUUGAGAGAGCUGCAGGAGUAAGAGGGGAAGAAGAAUCCCAACGCAGUUCAGUAUUUCAUAAAAGCCACUAGUCUACUGGCAAUCAGAAAUAUAACCCUACCAUAGACACAGUGUAGAGAAGUUCCCCGCCCCCACCUGAGGGCCACAUUCCCUUAUGGGAAACCUUCAAGGAGCCACAUGCCAGUAACGGAUGGAACCAGGGCUGUGGUGGCGUCUGUACAUUGGGACUGGAAGGGCAGAAAGCAGGAAAGUCAAUGGUUGGUGGAGCCAGAGCCAAUGACAGGGGGAGGUCAUUCGCUCUAGUUUUGCCCCCAUCUUCCUCCCUGCUGUGUUCUACAAGAGCAAAGCUGAGUUUAAGGAGGAGGAAUUUGACAGCCGGGGGCACCCACUGGGCUGGUUGCCAUUUAGAAGGCAGGCAAGUGGGAGCUGGUUGAGGGCAUCACCUCAUUUGCCUUUAUGGGGUGCUGAAUCAGAGACAAAAGCUGAAAGGAGCAAUGGAAGUGACUUUUAGCUUUGUACAGCAGGUUGCAUUCCAGCCACACAAAAGCCCAAAGUUUCCAUGGACACACGCACACAUGUGCAACCCUCUGAAUCACAAUUCAAGGUUGCGUGGCAUAGAGAGCUGGGCCAGAGAGAACCUGUGGCCUCAGGACAGCCCUGAGGGCCGGGUAGAGAAGCCUAGGGGGCCACAUUCAGCCCAUGGGCCAGAGAUUUCCCACCAGCCUCUGAGGAGCACCAUGUGGCCAUCUGUGAUUUGCCAACAAAGGCCCAAACUAGACAUGAUGUUUGUUACUUUGCCCUUGCAUGGUUGAUUUUUCUUUAACAAAUAGUGUGUUGGGGGCAAGGUGGGUCAAGAUUGUCUCAUGCAAUGGAGGAAGCUUCUUCCCUUUCUCCAUCUAUGGUCCCAGUUGGAAUUCCUCUACCACAUCUGCUCUUUUAUAACGCGAAGAAAGCUUCCAUUGCAUAUUGGUAAAGGUAAAGGAAAAGGGACCCCUGACCAUUAGGUCCAGUCGUGGCCAACUCUGGGGUUGCGGCGCUCAUCUCGCUUUAUUGGCCGAGGGAGCCGGCGUACAGCUUCCGGGUCAUGUGGCCAGCAUGACUAAGCCGCUUCUGGCGAACCAGAGCAGCGCACGGAAACGCCGUUUACCUUCCUGCCAGAGCGGUACCUAUUUAUCUACUUGCACUUUGACAUGCUUUCAAACUGCUAGGUUGGCAGGAGCAGGGACUGAGCAACGGGAGCUCACCCCGUCGCGGGGAUUCGAACUGCCGACCUUCUGAUCGGCAAGCCCUAGGCUCCUUAGUUUAACCCACAGCGCCACCCGCGUCCCUUUGCAUAUUGGUAGGUUGGACCAAAACACAUUUAUUUGGAUGCAAAGCCCAGUCACUUCAACAGAACUUGCAAGUAAGGUCAGAUCCACACCAUGCAGUGGGGAAAAGGGAAAGGUCAGAAUGGUGGACAUGUCACAUUAUAACCCCAGCAUCCUUGUAUCAUUUCCUCAAGCUUGAUAUGAAAAUCUGAGCUGCCUAUUGGAGUGAAAACAUAUUGCACAUAAAAAGUGCAUGUAGGCUGAGUAAAACACAGUGUUCAUAUCACCUAUGGAAAGGGGAGAGAAGGUUGUAAAAUUAUUUAGAGAAAUGUGGCCGCCGAACAGUCUGCAAUUUAUGCCUUGUGACUUUACUGCUUAAUAACACGCAACCUAUUUGUCAACAGAUGCGGGAGGAAACAAUCUCUCUUGCUGCAUUAAAAUUAAUUUUGAAUUGUGUAUAUUACGAGAACAUUGUUCCGUUAUUAACAACACACAUUUUGAAUAUGUAAACAGCUCUGUGUUACCAUAAUUAUAGGAAAUGAUGGAACUUCGCCUAGCACUGGAAUUCACUGAUGGAAGACCCUGCAGAGGGUGGGUUUCUCCCCUCCUCUCUGCCUCCGAGCGUCGCGAAUCAUGCAUAAUGCAUCAAUGCAGGCUGCAGCUGCAAACAGCAACCUGGCUUAUGAGAUAUUUUGAAAUUGUUUUUAUUACUCACGGAAGUAGCCUUUUAUCUGCUCCCCACAGGAAAAAAGAGAGGGAGAGAGAUUGUUUAAAACAUAAUGGUAAAUUAGCAAAAUAUUUUCUUCCUGGGUUUGACUCCUUGUUCAGAAAAACAACACAGAGCCUACUGAAUGCAAACAAAGGAUUUGCAGUGACUUAAGCGGUCUUUACAGUAAGCACUUGAGCAGAGAAUAGGGGUGCAUAGUAAAAAGACAAAACUGGAAGAGCCGGAAGUAGACAGGGACGGCCCUACCAUUAGGCAAAGUGAGGCAAUUCCUCCUGAGCCCCUUGGCCAUUCCCAUCUGCUGGGAAACAGAACGGUGUGUGCCACAGCAGGACUGUAUGUGCAUCUCAUGCACCCAGUAAACCAGUCUUCUGCCCUCAGGUGCAUCAGAGGUUGCUGUCUCAUUUUUGGUGUUGUAAUAAGAUUCAACUGACAGCCUAAUCAAGUUCUGUAUGUGGAAUUGAGUGUGUGCCUUGUCCUUUGCCUCAGACAGAAAAAGGUAUUGGGGUGGCCCUGGAAAUAUUAGUAACUGGGUGGGGGAUGGGAAUACCAUACUGUGUGUUGGGUAUUGUGUGACAUUGGAAUGCAAAAAGGUAUGUUCUGUUUGCAUAGAAAUUCAUUAUUUUGAAAUUAACACCAAAGUUCUUUGCAAGGGCCUGUGUCCAAAUCCCAUGGAAGCUCACUUAUUUGCCUCGUUCCCUAAUGUGUUCCUAGCUCACUUCUUAGAAAACAGAACACCUGUUUUUCUCAGCGAAAUGGGGAAAACUGAGGGAUGUUUCUGUUCUAUCAUUGCUGAAGGAUAUAUCAGUGAAGCAGAACAAUGAGGAAUCAGAAGGUUUGCAAUCUUGGACGAAAAUACACUAUAUAUUCAAUUCCAGAAAUGUUGCUGUGUUGCAUUGUCGGUGCAGAAACAACAAAAGCAUAUUAUGGCAUACCACAGGAAAUCAAGAGCCGGGAAGAGAAAUUGAGGACGAAAAUACAUUAUGUGGACAGACUUGAAAAUUCUUCAGGUAGUCAUGGUGGUUUCACUCGCAGGCUUUAAUUAAUGCGUCUCUCCCCCUGACACAGCACAAUGUAUAUUUUUACAGGAGUAGACUUAGCGGUGUAGGAUUUGUAUCAUCUAAUUACUGCCAUUCUCUUUUCCUCAAGUAAGGAAAAGGCAGCAUCUCUUUGUGUGCCUUCUUGCCUCCUGCAGACUGUGUCUACAACUGAGGAUUUCUGCACUUACAGGUGAGACGGCUAUACAUGGAUAUACAUACAAAAGGGCGUGAUGCCACCCUAGUCCUGGCUGCCUAUAAGCUACUGGCCCCACUUUAAGGUUUUAGGUAUCUAAACCCCUUCACAGCCUGGGACUCAGGUAUUUAUCAACAUACCAUACACACCAGCUCCUAGGGGCCAAGGCACUUUCGCACCAGCCCCCAAUGUUUUUUUCUGAGGGAUCCAGGGCCCCUCAACAUUCAGAGAAGAUGGCACCUCUGCAACACACCUUGUCAAAUAUAAUUUGCCCCCGAUCUUGUGGUUAACCCAGAGGAGGUGGGGACUCUUCUUGUUGUCCCUUCUGGGAAUCUGACCCAUGUGAAAGGCUUUUUCUCCUGAUUCUGGAGUUCCCUUCCCCAGGAAGUCUGGGCAGUGGAACUUACCAACAAGUAAAAACAAUUUUAUGCUCCCAUGCUUUUGAAGUAGACCAGUAGCUUACCAGUGCAGAUCUUGCCAGCUCAGCAUUGCUUGCUCAUAGGAGUCAUCUACUUGUGCACAGUGUAUGUAAACAUGUGUAAAUACUAGUGAGAGCCAGUUGGUUAAAGGGUUGGACUAGGACCUGGGGGACAAGGGUUCGAACCACCACUCAGCCAUGAAGCUCGCUGGGUGACCUUGGGCCAGUGACUGCCUCUCCACCUAACCUACCUCACAGAGUUGUUGUGGGGAUUAAAUGAGAAGGGGGAGAACCAUGUAUGCCACCUUGAGGUCCUUGGAGAAAAAGGCAGGAUAGAAAUGCAAUAUAUAAAUAAAAAUAGGGCCAAUAACAAAGAAUUCUCUGCCCUGCCUGUAACUUGAGACAUUCGACACAUACAUGCUAGCACCUGCCUGGAAAUGUUGUUUGUUUCGGUUAAAGCGAACACAUUUUUCGCUUGCUGCGAGGGCUACUCUUGCUACAGCAAAGCUUUGUUUGCCCUUCCCUCGUGUAUUUGCACAUGCUACUAUUGUCAAGUUACAGUGACAGGAAAAGGAGGAAAAACACACGGAUGUGCACACAAUAGGCAAGAAUGCGUUUCAGGGGAAAGCUUUGUUCCACAUGUUAGAUUUCUGAAAAACACUUUAAAAAAUACUAGGUGUGGAGAACAGCAAGCUAGCAUGUAUGGGGGCUGCUUCCCCCCACCCUUGCCUUCCCCAUCAAAUCUGCCAAUGCAGGUUCAGGGAUAACACUCCUGAAGUGGAAAGGGAAGCAGCACUGUGUUCCUUCCUCUCCUCCGGCGAAUGCCUGUACAAGCACCAAAUUUAUUUUAGUGCCUUUGGGGAUGACAAUUGAUUCUGACAAGAGAGAUGGGAGUAGAGCUGAUCUUUGUGGAGAAAAGUAAUAUUUGCUGCUCCCAGGUCCUGGAUAUUCCUCCCUGUGGCAGUGAAUCUUUUGUGUGUGUGUGUGUGUGUGGUGUUUACAGAGGCCUGUGAAGUUGCUGAGAGAAAUUACUCCAGGGGGGAACUAAGCACAAGGCCAUGUGUGUGGUGCUGAGACGUCUAGUCAAGAUAAAUUGGUGGCGAGACAGUAGGCCGUGUCUGAAGGAAACAAAUAUAACUGCCCCCUACAGGCAAUGAAGAAGGAUUAUUUGAGGGAACGAAUGCGCUUUGGAUGUGCUUUAAAGGUGUAGUGUGUACAUAGCUUUAGUUGCAUAGCACCCGAUGUCUUUCUACUUUCUUUUUAUUUAAUGGCUGGCAUUGUGAUUUGAAAUUUAUUUAUUUUUUAGUACCCUUUUGUAGUGGGUCUAAUGCAGUUUCCAUAUUGGUUGUUGGCUGUGGUUUGGACUCUUCUUCUUCUUCUUUGUGCAGUGCCCAGACAGCGAUAACUACGGAGCCUAAUUAUUCAGUAAAUAAGGAACAAGCAAACAAAUAAAUGUGGGUGUAGGCCACGGAUGACAGUUUCCUCAGUUAAUUGUCAUCACUAAACAGAAUCCUUUUAUAUGGGCCCUGCUUUCCUCUUGCUUCUCUUAAGUCACCCUUACAGUUGUCUCCCUUUUUCAAGGAAAUGGCAGAAUUGUUGCAAGGCCUGGUCCCUAAUCCCCGGUGUGGAGGAGCUACAUGGAUCUUAGGCCUCAAAAGCCAUGGUCUGCCUAUAGGACCAAGUAAGGGUAAGUUUCUUGUGGUAGCAUCUCCUACUUGCUUCUAGAUUGCUUUCCCUGCCCUUCAUAAAAUAUACAGACCACCCACCCAACAGCCAUGGCCUCCUGAGCAGGGGGUCAACUUGCCUUCUCUUGCUCCAUAUGCACUAAACACUUGGUGGAAUAUCAUUUGCUCUGCUCUUCUGAGCUCACAUUUCCAUCUAUCUUAUGUAUUAAAACAGAGCAGUCUUAAAACCACAUCUUCAGAGAGACUAAUGGAAUAAAAGUAACAUACUAUGGCAGUUUUAUUACCCUUAAAUAUGCUUUUAGUCUUCACAGGAAACAUUUCCAAAAUAAUGUUUGAGAGAUGUAGAAUGUGUUGGAAUAUAUUUUAUACACUGGGCAUCUUGGGACUUUUGUCCAGCCCCCACUGAAGAUGGUAGGAGACUUGUAGCUGUAUCUAAUGCAAGUUGAAUCCAUUCCCCAGUUCUUAUCUCUGAUAAAUAUCUUAUUUAUUGCUGGAUGCAAGUUCGGAAGAAAACCUACAUUUUUGAAAAAUGAUUCCAGUGUUCCAUAUUUCACUAAAUCUUCUAAUCAGUCUCUCCCACCCCCGUUUUGUCUGAUAGAAUACAAUCCCACAUAA